AUGACAGAGAAGGAGGUGCCAGAGCCACCAGCUUCAUCUGCCUCAGGUGGGAAACCCAAGAGCCGGCUGCAGAAGCUGAAGCAACUUUUCCGGCGAAAGCCCAAGGAGGAGACGGCACCGGAGCCACAGCCGAAUGGGGAGCUGGUCAGCCCCUCCGGGAGGCCCAUCUACUACAUCUAUGAGGACGAGGAGGAGGAAGAGGAGGAGGAGCCCGAGCCUCCUCCCGAGCCCCAGAAACUUGUCAAUGACAAACCCCACAAGUUCAAGGAUCAUUACUUCAAAAAGCCCAAGUUCUGUGACGUUUGUGCCCGCAUGAUUGUCCUCAACAACAAAUUUGGCCUGAGGUGCAAGAACUGCAAAACCAAUAUUCACCACCACUGCCAGUCCUACGUGGAGAUGCAACGCUGCUUUGGCAAAAUCCCACCAGGCUUUCGCCGAGCAUACAGCUCGCCCCUGUAUAGCGACCAGCAGUAUGCCUGCGUCAAGGAGCUGCUCUCAGCCAACAGGAGCGACCCAGUGUUUGAGACCCUCCGGACGGGCGUCAUCAUGGCCAACAAAGAGCGCAAGAAAGGGCAAGACGACAAGAAAAACCCGCUGGCAGCUAUGAUGGAUGAGGAACCCGAGGCCAUGAAGGCAGCUGGGGGCAAAAGCGAGGGCGGCACCUCCGAAGGGGACAAGAAGGCGGAGAAGAGCACAGCAGAUGACAAGAACAAGAAGCCACAGCAGGGGAUGCGCAGCGGCUAUCUGCAGUCUCACUACUUCGUGGCGCUUUAUCGCUUCAAAGCCCUGGAGAAAGACGACCUGGAUUUCCCGCCAGGAGAGAAGAUCACGGUGGUGGAUGACUCCAACGAGGAGUGGUGGCGGGGCAAGAUCGGUGAAAAAAUUGGCUACUUCCCCCCAAACUUCAUCAUCCGGGUGCGGGCCGGCGAGCGGGUGCACAAGGUGACGCGCUCCUUCGUGGGCAACAGGGAGAUCGGGCAGAUCACGCUCAAGAAGGAUCAGGUGAGACCUGUCACAGCCAGCCUGGCCCCAGGCUGCCCCCGAACCGUGCCCAGCUCUGCCUCCAUCACCUCCUCCAGCUCGCUGGAUUCGGUGCUCUGA